CACUUGUGACAGAAAGCGACCUUAUAUUCAGUCACACUCCAUCGACACUGACACUCACACGCACACGCAUGUGCAGAUGUGUGUUUUCUAAACCUCAUUUGGUCUUGUUUGUGUGUAAGAGGUCACUGGAGAUAUAAGAUUUUCUUCAGGAAGGAGUCAUCACAGAAUCUAAUAAGAGUCAUGUGGAUCGUCCUGACCUUGCUGCUGGCCCUCUCCAGUGGCGUUCUGUCUCUGGACAAACUCAACAUGUGUAUGGAUGGAACACACCACAAAGUAGAGCCUGGCCCUGAAGGAGAUCUUUACUCUCAGUGUACUCCAUGGCGUGACAAUGCAUGUUGUACAGCCAACACCAGCUCAGCAGCCCACAAUGAUAACUCCUACCUGUACAACUUCAAUUGGAAUCACUGUGGUGUCAUGAGCGCCAAGUGCAAGGAACAUUUCAUCCAGGACACUUGCUUCUACGAGUGCUCACCACACUUGGGACCCUGGAUACAAAAAGUGGAUCAGAGCUGGCGUCGCGAGCGUAUCCUGAAUGUGCCUCUGUGUAAUGAGGACUGCCACAAAUGGUGGGAAGACUGCAAGAAUGACUACACCUGCAAGACUAAUUGGCACGUAGGAUGGGACUGGAGCUCAGGUACUAACAAAUGCCCUACAGGCAGCAAGUGCCGAAAGUGGACUGAUGUUUACCCCACAGCUAAGUCCAUGUGUGAGGAAAUCUGGUCGAAUUCCUACAUCUAUACCACUUACUCCAAAACCUCAGGCCGCUGCAUGCAGCUCUGGUUCAGUGGGACAAACCCUAACAAGAAGGUAGCUGAGUACUACAUUAACAACGCACCGCGACACCAAAGCUUUGUCAUGACGGCCUUACUUUCCCUGACCUUUGCAUUUUUCUCUGUAAUGAUGCACUAAAUUACAUCUUUGACCUUUCCUGUAUAACCUUGAAAGUACCAAUAAAACUGAUU